AUGUCUUUGUGGAUUAGCUACGUCCGAGCCGGAUAUAGAAAACACAAUAGUCAACUCAAAAAAAAACAUCGAUUAUCUUUACCUCUCAAAGAUGAUGUUACCGGAUCUCCUGCCCGUCCCCUAUCAGAAAUCAGCGAAAUGAGCUUGGACACCCUCAGCAAAAAACGCAACAAGCCAAUCAGCGACAAACAACGUCCUUUGACUCGAUAUCUACCAAUCAGAGGCUCGGAUCUCGAUCUAAGACAUCAUAUUGAAUCAGCUGGUCAUCAAGUGGUGCUUUGUCCUCAUGUCAUCAUCAACUCAAGCACGUGCAGAGGUUUUUUGCACAAAAAAGGUUCCAAAUUGAAUGGUUGGUCUCGAAGAUGGUUUGUUUUUGACCGAAACAAGCACACAUUAACUUAUUACACGGAUAAAAGCGAGAAAAAAGCCAGAGGAGGUGCAUAUUUUCAGGCUAUUGAAGAAGUCUACCUUGAUCACCUCAAUACAGUAAAAUCUCCCAACCCGCAUUUAACCUUCAUAGUAAAAACUCACGAGAGGCUCUACUACCUUAUGGCACCUUCGCCUGAAGCAAUGAGGAUAUGGGUCGAUGUUGUUUUUACCGGUGCCGAAGGUUAUAGGGAAUUUCAACACGGUACUUGA